UUUCAAAUCCACCUUCAAGUUCGACCACAUCAUGCCUGCUAAACGGCUAAAACUCUCAGAAGAUAGCAAUAUCGAUGCGUCUGCUGCAGACCACGAAAAGAGUGACGAUGAUCUCGAAUCUGAAGCACAGCAGUCCACAACUUCUGCGACUUCAUCAGAAGACGACGAUUCUCCAGACACGGAGGCUGAAAUUGCGGAUAAAAGGAUAACAAAGUCGAAGAAAACAUUAAAACGAAAGCGGCGGGCAACAGAGCCCUCGCAAUUUGGUGCUACGUUGCAAGACUUGCUUGACACCGCUGCACCCUCGGAAUUGCCGUUAUCUCUCAAACCUUCUAUUGCACGCCAGAAAAAUGGUGCAAAGCUUGAAUUGAAAGCCCACAAAGUACUUCAAAUAGAGAAGAAGGAAAGGACAGAUAAAGGAAGGAUACGAGAUGUUAUCGGAGGUUGGGGUGGCGAGAGUGAACGCUCCUUGCGCAAGGUUGCUCAACGAGGAGUGGUGAAACUCUUUAAUACUAUUCAACAAUCGCAGGCGGCGGCAAACGUCGCCACCGAACAGUCAAAAGGUCUGCGAGGAACGGGGAAACCUACGCUUCCAGCCCCCCUGUUGGACAAGAAGCCGCAAGGCAAACAGAAGGCCAAGCACAAGGACAAUAUCAUCGGGAGAGGAAAUCCAGUGACACUUUUUACAGCGACAAUUGGGAAGGACGAUUUCUUCGACAUGAUCAGGUCAGGUGGCAUCGUCUCAAAACCUCCGAGGACCACAAUUCGUAAAGAAGAGUGGGAGCGGCGUCUACGCGAGGUUCAGGUCACAAAAGAUGACUUGAACCGACUUAUUAUGGACUACCUCGUUAUCGAGGGAUACAAGUCAGCCGCAGAGGAAUUCAGCGAUGAAGCCAAUGUUCCACCACCAGUGGACUUCGAGAGUAUCGAAAGUCGCAUGGUAAUUCGAGAAGCCCUGCAACGGGGCGAUAUCGAGGAAGCUAUUUCCCGCAUGAAUGAUCUUAAUCCUGAGAUCCUGGAUACGAACCCUGCACUGUACUUUCACCUUCAACAGCAGAAGCUGAUCGAACACAUUCGGCAUGGGCGUAUCACAGAGGCAUUGAAGUUUGCCCAAGACGAGCUCGCGCCAAGAGGAGAAGAAAGUCCGGAGUUUCUUGCGGAGCUGGAACGUACGAUGGCGCUUUUGGCAUUCGACUCUUCAUCCUCGGCCCCUCCAGCUAUUUCGGAACUUCUUUCACCCGCACAACGAAUGAAAACUGCGGGUGAGGUCAAUGCCGCAAUUCUUGAAAGUCUCAGCCAGGGAAAAGAGGUAAAGCUGGUGCAGCUUUUGAAGCUUCUGUGUUGGAGUGAGGGGAUGUUGGCUGAACGUGCAGAUUUUCCCAAGAUUGAUCUGCAAGAGGGACUGGUAGCGACUGGGAGAAAAGAAGCAACAGCAACAGUAACAGAUGAUUCCAUUAUGCGAGACUAACGGACAGUAUGUAUUUUUACCAUAGCAUCAAGUGUAUAGCAGAGGGUUGUAACAAGGAUGUGUUGAGCAUGCGUCCUGGUGUGUUUGAGUUGAUGAGAUGGUCGUGUUGGGCACCCAACUGAUCAGAUUGUUCCUGACUACUGGAGGGAUUACAAGUCCGUGGAAUCACCUAAUGAUCUAGCUUGCUUUG